CCCGGGCCCUCGAGCGGCACAAGUCGCGGAGCCAGACGCCGCCCACGAGAAGCUUCUUCGCCGACAUAGCGUAGGGGUGGGAUCACGAGCGCGCCCAAGCGCGCGCGAACUGGCGCAGUGCACCGCUCUAAUGGAGCGAGUGACCAUCCGACAUAUCACGCCCUCCGCGCCCAGUCCUCCCCCGCCGGCACGGCGGCCACUGGUGCCACGCAUCACGACCGCCGCGCAAGAUAAACGAUUGCGUACGUCGUCGGCGCCGCGCUCGUGCCGCCGGCGCUCCGCACUGCUACCGGCAUCCCGUCGUGGAGGGCGGCCACCGUGCAAGCAACAUGGGCGCCUCGUUUCGCCGUCGCCGCGGCCCGCGGCAUCAUCUAGGACAUCGCCGUCCAUUCUCUACGCCUCGACGGCGCACCGAGGAGUAGCUGUGACCUCCCGCCGUCGCGCAACAGCGCCGCCCAUGCGCGUGGCCGAAGUUUCGUCGCCCGCGUUAGUAACGAGAGGCCGUCCUGUCCGGCUGUCUAUCGCUCGUCUACUCGUGCCGCCAGGCCCGCGGCAGGGCUGCAGUUGCAGCUCAUACGUAUGGUGCUGGUGCUGGUGCUGGUGCUGUGCCGGCCACUCACAGCAGUCGUUGCUGUGGCGAGCGAGGCUACGAGGGGGCUUGCAAACGAACGCUCUGAGAGCUUUGAACGUCCUCCUGUCAACAGUCCGACGUAUGUCGCAGGCCAGCCUUCCCUGGCUGUGGGAGAGCACAAGCAGCCUCAAGAGCCCUCGAGCUCAACCGAGCCGCAUUGAUUACGAGACGCCCCCGCAGCGGUAUCUCAGGAUGACGCAUUGAUGCCAUCAGGCGACAACGGCCGCUCUUUGACCGGUGCCGCGCCACAAGCAAGGCAUGGAGUGCCUCUGCAGCAGCACAACCUUCAGGGCGUGGCGUUACGUCGAACACGUCGCGUCGAUGGCGUUAGGGUGGUCGGCCCGUCUCUGUUCGCGCUGUCCGAGCGCUGCGCACCGCAACGCUCCCCUCCGCGGCGGCGGCGGCGAGGUCGAGACCCGUGCUGCGGCUCUUAGGCGUCCCGGACCGCGGCACGGUGUCUCGACGUGCCGGUGCGCGAGCGGCUCGGAGCGGCGACGGAGCCGCACGCGACGCGGCGCCGGCGUCGUGGAGGCGCUGGAGCCUCUACGGUGUCUCGGGGGCCCGCCAGCCCUGUGGUCCCGUCGAUCGGCCUACGGCGAAGGACGGCGGUGAAACGGGUAAGGCAGUGUGUGGGCCGAGGCCCGGCACGCCCGUCGACGCGGCGGCGGACCUGGAUGUGAUAUGAUGCCUGGCGGUCUCCUAGUGACGGACCGGCUCGAGCGCGGCUUUCUCUGAAUCUGGUCACAACGAUUGCUUAUGUAGGGAUUGGACCGAGGUCGAGGAGUAGAAAGUCAGAACCCGCUUGGACGAGCUAUCGAAGAGGUGCUGCCGCGGCAACGGUUGCGCGGCCGUCCAGCUGUCCCAGGCGCGGGCGAGGCGUAGCCUACGGCUCGUGGCACGGUGCUUCCGGACGGCUCGAGGCCCGGCGGGACGUCGUCGAUGCCGUCGACGCGGACGAGCCACUGGUGAGAUGCUCACCCCGGGGGGGCGGGGGGGCCAAGCUAACAUUGUUCGAGC